CUGCCCACCGCGGGAAAACUUUCCAUUCCAACCUUCUUUUUCCCCCAAUCCAUCCGGAGAGCUUACGCCCAUCGUCGUCGUCAUCAUCAUCAGACUAUUUCAUAACAUCGGACAUCAAAUAAGAAAUUAAAGAAAAAAAAAAUACACAAAAAAAAGGGACCGAAAAAAAAAGAGACAAAAAGAGACAAAAAAAGACGGAAAGCAAAAGAAAAUGAGUCUGCGACCAGGAAACCGGCCAAAAGAGAUCCACACCAAACACCUCACCGAGCGCGAGCGCUUCCGCGUCCGGACCCUCUACUACGAUGCCUCCAUGAGCAAGAAGCGCAUCGAGGAAGUAACCGGCUACUCCCUCAGCCAGAUCCGCACCGCCAUCCGCGCCAAGUCCUCCGCAAUCCCACCGCGUUCCGGCCGUCCCAAAAAAGGCAGCAAAGACGGGCAGUCCGCAGCCGACGACGCCGGCCCCUCCUCGGAAGGGUUCGCGUCGGAGGACUCGGCUCUAGUGCCGCGGAGUAACAGUCCCCAAGAAGAGGAAGCGCUCCAGCCGCAGACCGCAUCAUCAUCAUCUCUAGACCGGCUGCCGGCAGCGCUGCGGCGCUACAUCUGGCAGCUAGUCCUAAAAUGUGCCCCCGCGACAAGUCCGUUAUCCUGCGUAUGGUGGAUCGAGAAGCGGCCGGAAUACCCGUGGCUAGUCACGGGCGUAUACCCGGAGCACUGGGAGACGCACUGGCGGGAGUACCUCGAGCACCGACAGCCCGCGGCGCGGCUGUUAUGCCAUCUAAACCGGGAGGCGCGGCAGGUUGUUCUCGACACCUUCGCGCCCGUGUGGUCUGAGGCCGGGAUCGGGAUGUUGGGGUCUACCGUUAAGUUCCUAUGGAUCGACCCGCAGCACGACAAGAUCUACUGCAAGGAGGACGCUGCCGCUUUGCCGGGUCUACUGGAUAAGUCUCGAGCUGCCGUGCUACCAGAUCUGAGCCGUGUGCCCGCUGGCCCUGCUGAUAGUAAUAGUUUUCACGGUAGCGGUGGCAGUAGUAAAGGGUGAGCGCAAGGUACUGUCUUGAUCUGUUUCCCGUCACUUUUCCCCAUUCUUACGAGAGGGGUUAAUACGUUGCAACUGUGAGAUAACUCUUUAUUCGGGUCGUGAAGCAGCGUAAUGACAUAGAGAAAUGCGUAUAGAUUUACCUACACAGGUACUAAUGCCAGCGAUACUUUAUUUUUUUUGCCUACAAAUACUACCA